AUGCUGCCGCACACGCAGAAUACCUAUUGGCAUGAGUUCUCCGAGAUUUCGAAAUACAAUGUCCAGCUCAACUACUUCGAGAGAUUAUGGGCGGCAUGGUAUGCCUUCAUUGGCAAUGACGUCUUGGCUACCGGCAUCAUGAGCUUCUUGAUGCACGAGAUUGUGUACUUUGGCCGGAGUCUACCGUGGAUGAUCAUCGACCGGAUACCGUCGCUGAACAAGUACAAGAUCCAAGGUCAGAAGGUGCCUUCGGCAAAGGAGCAGUGGGAUUGCGCCAAGCUGGUACUGUUGAGCCACUUCACCGUCGAGCUGCCGCAGAUUUGGUUCUUCCACCCCUUGGCGCAAUUCUUCGGCUUGUCAACUACUGUACCAUUUCCGUCGAUCUUCACCAUGGCCUACCAAAUCGCCAUCUUCUUCGUCCUGGAAGAUACAUGGCACUAUUGGACCCAUCGCGCGCUGCACUGGGGACCACUAUACAAAAACAUCCAUAAGAUCCAUCACCAGUACUCCGCGCCGUUCGGUCUUGCUGCUGAGUAUGCAUCGCCAAUUGAGGUUAUGAUUCUGGGCCUUGGGACCGUAAGCUCGCCAAUUUUAUGGUGCGCCAUCACUAAGGACCUACAUAUUCUGACGAUGUACAUCUGGAUCGUAUUGCGAUUGUUCCAAGCGAUUGAUGCGCACUCCGGCUAUGAUUUCCCCUGGAGUCUGCACCACUUCUUGCCUUUCUGGGCCGGCGCGGAUCACCACGAUACUCAUCAUGAGAAGUUCAUCGGAAACUACUCGAGUUCGUUCCGGUGGUGGGACUAUGUGCUCGAUACUGAGAGCGGUCCAGAGGCAGCGAAAAGACGGCGAGAGCGUAAGCUGGCAAGCUCUAAGAAGGCGCAAUAG